AUGAUAGUGAGCGUCGGAGCAUAUGCGAUAUUUGGAGCACUUGUCAUGAGAAGUCUGGAAUCAAAAACUGUGACAACUAUCGAGAAGAAAACCGAUGUUCAUAGAAGACAUGCAAAUUUGACAAGUGUUGAACUUCCCACCAUAACCCCACUGCCGCUGGAAUUGAGGCAUCGAAGACGACGAAGACAUAAUGAAACACAGAGCCCAAUUUCUGAUAGAGAAUCCCGAGAAAAACGAGCAGCCGCUCAUGUAAUGAGAAGUCGAAAGUGUGUGAUUGGCGUCAUAAAGAAAAUGUCAAGUAUGGAAUGUUCGAUGGACACUCUUGACGAGAAGCUAGUGAAGGCGUUGGAUGAGUGUUACCACGUGGCAGUUGAACAUAAUACACAUGUCAAUCAUGUUUUGUAUACAAAUAGUAAAGAAGAAGUGGAAUCUGUUGGUGAGGAAGCAGAAGAGGAAGUCGCCGAAUGGUCGUUUAUGGAUUCGUUGCUUUUUGCGUUUACGGUUAUAACCACUAUAGGUUACGGAAACGUGGCUCCUCGAACAUUCGGCGGUCGUCUGUUUGUGAUUGGCUAUGGCUUGAUUGGAAUCCCAUUUACACUUCUUGCGAUCGCAGACCUCGGAAAAUUCAUUUCCGAAAUGAUGGUUGUUGCAAAAACGUUCUGUAAAAAGACAUGGAAGAAACUCAAAAAAGCAUGGAACCCGAACUUCAUUCGUUAUCCAAAACUGUCCGGUGCCAAAGACUUAUCAAAUACGGACAUUGAAGAAAAGAUAUUGGAAAAUGAAAAAGUGGAAAACGAGAUCGAGGAGACGUCAGAGACAUCAGAAGAGGAGGAUGAUUUGACGGAAACCGAAGCGACGUCUCUUUUUAUUCUUUUCCUGGUUUAUAUCGCAUUUGGUGGAAUGAUGUUGGCUGCUUAUGAGCCUGAUAUGGACUUUUUCAAAGCGGUCUACUUCAAUUUCGUGACGCUUACUUCUAUUGGUUUGGGAGAUAUUGUGCCGAGGAGCGAAACGUACAUGCUUAUCACAAUUGUCUACAUUGCCGUUGGUUUGGCCUUGACCACAAUUGCUAUAGAAAUCGCUGCAGAUGCACUCAAAAAGUUGCAUUAUUUUGGACGAAAAAUCGAAAAUGUCGGAAAUGUGGCGAUUUGGUUUGGUGGUAAAAAAAUCACCAUGAAAGCUUUGGUCAAAAAUCUGGGUGACCAAUUUAAUUUGCCGACUACCGUAGUAAAAAGUUUGAAUUUGGACCAUUUCGUGGAUCAAGCGAUUAAAGUGGAAGAGGGAGAGAUCGAGACACUUCGGCCACCGCCAUUCGAACCGGAUUCCGAACGAUUUGAUGCUGAGUUUGCGGAUGAGCCUGAGAGUGAAUGGAUUCGUGAUCCGACACCAACACCGCCACCAACUCCAAAACCAGUCUACCGUCUUCCAUCGCCGAAACCCAAACGCCAUCACCACCUCCGCCACCAAGUCCGACGAUCACAGAUGACUCGAUGGUUAUUGCCACACCGUCUCCAGAAGAAUCCGAUGAUGAUCAAGGUACAAAAAAAAGAACUAAUCCUACCAUCACCUGAACCAAGCCCAAUCCGUGAGCCAACUCCAUCUCCACCGCCACGAGAGCCAACACCCAGAGAGCCAACUCCGGAGCCCGAACCGUAUCGGGAGCCGACGCCUCCACCGCCACCACCGCCAAAACCUCGACCACUAACUGCCGCUGAAAUAGCCGCCCAAAAGCGCAAAGCUUACAGUGAAGAAGCGUGGAGAAGAUACCAAGAAUACCAGAAACAAUGGAAAAAGUUCCGGCAGACGCAGAAAACUCCGGCUCCGUCUUCUGGAGCAUCAACAUCCAAACAGGCAGCAUCUGGAGCAUCACCAGAAGGAGGAGGUAUUGGUGGUACUGGACCAUCCACACGAAGUCAGUCGGUCACGUCAGUGGCAUCUGGAAAAACAUCAAGGAGUGCGACUCCAGAGAGCAAGAAGUCAAGCCAUCCGAGCAGUUCGUCAAGGAGGGAAAGUGGAGCGAAAUGA